UCAAGAUUAUGGACCUAAUUCCAACCUAACCUAAUUGUCAUUAAAAAAAUUACAAAUAAUAAUUACAAAAAUGGACAAUUUCAUUUAAAAAAUCACAAAAAUCAAUCAAUAAGAAGAUAAUACUUUUUUUUGCAAUAUUUUAUUUCAACCUCCGAAAUUAAUUUACUAAAUAAUUAAAUUUCCGACACUUCUGUAGAUACCAACAAAUUUCCAUCACUUAUCGACGUAAUUUCCAGUUGUCUACAGAAUUUAAAUCAAAACGUCAAAAUGAAGCUGGUGGCAAGAAACAUUGAGAGAGAUGGUGGCGGAAGCGUUUGUCUCAUUCCCGAAAAUCCUGAGGACAUGUGGCACGCGUACAAUCUCAUAGCAGAAGGAGACUGCAUCUGCGGGUCCACAAUCCGCAAAGUUCAAACCGAAAGUUCUACAGGAAGUACCAACAGCACCAGAGUCCGCACCACACUGACAAUUAAGAUAGAAAAUAUAGACUUCGAUACCCAGGCAUGUGUUCUAAGACUGAAGGGACGUAACAUCGUCGAGAAUCAAUACGUCAAGAUGGGUCAGUACCAUACCCUAGACAUUGAACAGAACCGGAAAUUUACCCUGAAAAAAAUAAAAUGGGACUCGAUAGCAUUGGAGAGAAUAGACAUGGCGUGCGAUCCGACUCAAAAUGCCGACGUAGCUGCGGUAGUUAUGCAGGAAGGAAUAGCGCACGUGUGUCUGAUAACUUCAAACAUGACAAUAGUCCGUGCCAAGAUCGAUCAAGUCAUCCCGCGAAAGCGCAAGGGCAUGGUGUCGCAGCACGAGAAAGGACUGAAUCGGUUUUACGAGAACGUCGUCCAGGCGAUUCUGCGUCAUGUUAAUUUUGAUAUCGUCAAGUGUGUGAUCAUCGCCAGCCCGGGGUUCGUCAAGGAUCAGUUCAUGGAGUACAUGAUCCAGCAGGCGAUCAAGACUGACAACAAAGUCCUGCUGGACAACAAGAGCAAGUUUAUUCUGGUCCACGCGAGCUCGGGAUUCAAGCACUCGCUGAAAGAAGUCCUGGCUGAUCCUGCAGUGGUCGCCAGAAUGGCCGACACCAAAGCUGCAGGUGAAGUGAAAGCUCUGGAACAGUUUUACGCUAUUCUGCAAAAUGAUCCCGCGAGAGCUUUCUAUGGGAAGAAACACGUCCAGGUGGCUGCUGCUGCUCAAGCUGUUGAAACUCUGCUUAUUUCUGAUAAAUUAUUCAGGUGCCAAGAUGUUGCGACGAGAAAAGAAUAUGUCGAAUUAGUUGAAAGUGUGAGGGAUGCCAAUGGAGAUGUCAAGAUAUUUUCAAGUAUGCACGUGUCUGGAGAACAACUUGAUCAACUUACGGGUGUAGCAGCAAUUUUAAGAUUUCCAAUGCCAGAGUUGGAAGACGAGAGUAAUGACAGUGAUUCUUCAGAUGAUUAACAUGAUUUUUUUUUACUACUGUUGAUAUUGUUUUAUAAUGAUGGCAAUUUAAUUUAUAAUGAAUUACUAAAGUGUCUUAAUAAUUAUAAAUUAUAUAUGUUAA